AUCCCCUCCUUCUCUCCCACUUGCACAGAAAUACAUCACGACCCAAUUUGUUUGCGUCCCAGAGGAGAGGAAACCCCUGCCAGCAACUGGACAGGUACUCUUAACGCUUCGCCUCGGGACUCACACCUCAUCAUCCUCACUCAAUGUCACCCUGCAGUCCUUCGCCUUCCGAGCCUUAGAACCACGGACCGUCAUCUAUUAUCACCUCGUUUCUCAUCUGCGACUCACCAACCAGCGCCCCACGUCACGUCUCUCCAGCCCAACAUGAGAAAGGGACUCCAGGCCAGCCAGGCUGCUCACACAGGGCAGUGGGACGAGCAGAGGCAUCACGAGCAGCGGCUGGGGAGGGCAGAGAAAAAGUUAGCAGCCUUCUGGUUGUCCUUGUCGCAGAGGACGUGGACGUUUUUCAGGCCCCGCGGCGGCAAACGCACUGGCUGCUUCCAGCGGAGCUCCUCGGCAGCUCGCCUACUGAAGAGCGAAGUGUGAGGACUGUGUGUGUGAGUGUUUGUGUCUGUCUGUCAGCGGCGGGUGUCAGAAGAGUCCUGGCAGACACCCCUAUCUGGAGGACCCAUAUCUGCGUGUGUAUGUGACCUCCACCCCAGAGGUCAAAGGCAGUCUAUGUCGUUCUUCAGCCUUCUCCACCAUUGGCAUUCUUUCUUUGUUGUGUUAUCUUAGCAACAUUGACUAAAGAUGGAAGGACAAGCUGUCAUUAUAAUGUCAUUCUCAUUCAGAAGGACAAACAAACUGUCAUUCUAAAGCCUCUGAAAUACGUCGAGCCCAGUGGAUUGGUUAAAGAGCGUUUGGCGAUUUGCUGCUGUCGACUGGAAGGAAUCUCCCCUCUUGUUGUCGUCAAAACCAGGCUUCCCUCCUCAGAAGAAACUUUCAUUCACUAAACUAUCAAAGAGGAGACCAUACCACAGAGAAGACAUUAGUGGUGGAGAUUAGUGUGAAAAGGGGCAACUGUCACUCCCUUAACCUCUACUGGUGACUUUCCAGAUGGGGUAACUGGGACCUGCGGAGACCAUGGUGGUCACCCAUUUAGAGCUAGAGCUGUGCUACCAGGGGAAGAAGCUGAGGGGCUUCACCUGUAAGCUGACCCGCUUCCCCCAUGGCUAUCUGCCCGAGAGUGCCUGGCUCAUCGCGGCUCAGAUCCUACUGCCCUACCUGGUGGCUGGCCUGGGCAUGGUGGCGGCAGGCAUGGUCAUGGACUUGGUUCAACAUUGGGAAGUGUUUAAGGAGAUCACAGAGGUGUUUAUCUUGGUGCCAGCCCUGGUGGGACUGAAAGGCAACCUGGAGAUGACACUGGCAUCCAGGCUGUCUACAGCAGCGAACACCGGGCAGCUGGAUGAUCCAAAGCAGCAGUGGAGGAUAGUGUGUAGCAACCUGGCUCUCAUUCAGGUUCAGGCCACAGUGGUGGGUUUCCUGGCUGCAGUAGCUGCAGUGGGGUUGGGCGCGAUGACCAGGGGUCGUGUAGACCUGCUGCAGGCUGCUGUUUUAUGUGCCAGCAGCGUCACCACAGCCUUUGUAGCUGCCCUGUCAUUGGGCCUGGUGAUGGUGGGAGUGAUCAUUGGCUCCAGGAAGGUGGGCAUCAACCCUGACAACGUGGCCACGCCCAUCGCUGCCAGCCUGGGUGACCUCAUCACCCUCUCUCUGCUGGCUGGGGUCAGCAGCUUCCUCUUCCGGUUUAAAGAGAUGUGGUACCUGCCUGCUCUGGUGUGUGGCUUUUUCCUGGUUCUCAUUCCGCUGUGGGUGGUCAUCGCCCGGCACUCUCCUCCAAUCAGAGAGGUGCUGAGGUCUGGGUGGCAGCCCGUCAUCAUGGCCAUGUCCAUCAGCAGUAUUGGGGGCCUGAUACUGGAUAAGACAGUGAGCGACCCGAACUUUGAGGGCAUGGCGGUGUUCACUCCCGUAAUCAACGGUGUGGGAGGUAACCUGGUAGCCAUCCAGGCCAGCCGCAUCUCCACCUACCUACACUACUGGAGUAUGCCAGGGACCCUGCCCUUCCAGAUGACACAACAAUGGCCUGGCCCCUGCCUGACCUUCUGCUCCUCAGGGGUCAACUCCAAGUCAGCGAGGGUUCUAGUCUUCCUGGUAGUUCCGGGUCACCUGCUUUUCCUCUACACCAUCCACUUACUGAAUGGCGGCCAUGGCGCCCUCACGCCUGCCUUUGUCUGCCUUUACCUGUGUGCGGCCCUGCUACAGGUCGUGAUUCUGCUGUACCUGGCUGACCUGAUGGUGCGCUGGAUGUGGCGGAGGGGGCUGGACCCGGAUAACUACACUAUCCCGUACCUAACAGCUCUGGGGGAUCUGUUAGGGACCAGCUUCCUGGCCCUGAGCUUCAGGGCCAUUCAAUCUAUACCAGCCCACCAUGUCUAGUGCGACUGAAGUUAAGAUUUAACAACGUGGCCUACACACUGUAGUUUCACAGGCCUCCGACAACCACCAAGCUUGACUUCACAUACGGUCUCUUGGCUCCACAGAAGCCCUGUUUAUGCCUGCCGUUAACAUGCGUCCUUCGUCCUGAUCUUGUCCGUCUACACUUAUAAGGUCUGAUCACAUUGCGUCUUUUAAAAGUCUACACAAUCAGAAUGUGGAAAAGAUCAGGGAAAUGGUGGCAUGUUAGAACCAGGUAUAAACAAGGCUUAAGAAAUUAAUGCUGCUAAGGGAGUACCUGUAUACUGUAGCUCGACAGUCUUUCAGCACCCAGUAACCACAUAGAAGCUACCUGUUGAGAUGUCCUCUGUAAACGCUUUAAUGGUAAAAUGGCAAAUGCACUGUACUAAAGCAAUAAUGUUGUCUGCGCUUGUUUGCUUGCUGACUGUCUAUACAUUUAUCCUCAUGCUCAAAAAUGGUUCACUUGUGAGUUUAGUCACAAUAAAUGUACUAAUGCACUCACGGGAUAUACACACUAUAAACCAAUAGAGGACAUGGGAUUAAUCCAUGUAUCACAAUUUCAAUGAUCGACCACUGCUAUUUUCAUUUGUGCCUUCCAACCAUUACUGUACAAACUACAGGAGUCAUGUGCAGUAUUUCUGUUUCUUAUUAUUAGUCAAGUAAUGACAUCGGCAAUGUUGCUUGAUCGGCAAUUAGUCUGCUGCAGUGAAUUGGUUUGAAAGUGAAUGUUUGUAUCAACGUCUCUAACACAUACUGUACCACUGUUGCCCACAUUUUGUUAUUAUUUUUUUGUGCCAAAAGUGUUAUGCUUAUCUCUUCAAAUAAAUGGGGCCUUUUAAGUCAAUUAAUAUAUACUUUUAAAAACAGGCUUAAACCAUCUUUGAUGCUCUGCAAUGACACAAACAAUAUAACUUUCACCAAAGAUUUCAACAGUUAGAAUCAUGUUUUCAAUUGUACAGGACACAUGUUGACUUAGUAUGUAUGCUACUGUGUUAACAAUAGUCAGAUUGUACCUAGUGAGCAAGUUAU